CGGUGCGCGCGGCGCAGCCCUGGCAUAGCCCGGGGCCGCCCGCGCCAUUGUUGGGGGAGGGGGCACCCGCCGAGCGCCGCGGGGCCGGGGCCGCGUGAAGGUGCCGGCGACGGCAGAGAGGAGUGCCGGCGCCCAUGGGGAACACGCUGACCUGUUGCGUGUCCCCUAGUGCCAGCCCUAAGCUGGGCGGGCGUAAAGGGCCGGCCGAGACUAACUAUGAGUCGGAGACUUACGAGGCGGCGGCCGGCGACGCGGUGGCGGUGGGGGGAGCGCCUGUGCCCGCGGCCGUGGAGCCCUCAGAGUUGGAUCUCGGCGCCGGCGAGGGCCACCACCUGCAGCACAUCAGCGACCGGGAGAUGCCCGAAGAUUUAGCUUUGGAAUCAAACCCUUCUGACCAUCCAAGGGCAAGCACAAUUUUCCUGAGCAAAUCUCAGACGGAUGUGCGUGAAAAGAGGAAGAGCAACCAUUUAAACCAUGUAUCUCCAGGGCAGCUUACUAAAAAGUAUAGCUCAUGCUCAACAAUAUUUCUAGAUGACAGCACAGUCAGCCAGCCUAAUCUUAGAACCACAAUAAAAUGUGUGACCUUAGCAAUAUAUUACCACAUAAAGAACAGAGAUGCAAAUAGAUCCCUGGAUAUUUUUGAUGAGCGGUCACAUCCACUCACACGAGAGAAGGUUCCAGAGGAGUACUUUAAACAUGACCCUGAACACAAAUUUAUUUACAGAUUUGUUCGCACUCUCUUUAGUGCUGCACAGCUAACAGCUGAGUGUGCAAUAGUAACUUUGGUUUACUUAGAAAGGCUUUUAACUUAUGCUGAGAUCGACAUUUGCCCCACUAACUGGAAAAGAAUUGUUUUGGGAGCCAUUCUUCUUGCCUCCAAGGUUUGGGACGAUCAGGCUGUGUGGAAUGUGGACUACUGCCAGAUCCUCAAGGACAUUACGGUUGAGGACAUGAAUGAGAUGGAAAGGCAUUUCUUGGAGUUACUCCAGUUUAAUAUUAAUGUUCCUGCUAGUGUUUAUGCCAAAUACUACUUUGACCUGCGCUCCUUAGCAGAUGACAACAACGUCAAUUUUCUGUUUGCUCCUCUCAGCAAAGAGAGAGCACAGAACCUAGAGGCCAUUUCAAGAUUGUGUGAAGACAAAGACUUGUGUAGAGCUGCGAUACGAAGAUCUUUGAGUGCUGACAAUUUCAUUGGUGUGCAGCGCUCUAAUGCUAUCCUCUCAUAAGAGAAAUGAGGGAUAAUAAAGUCAUGAACCCCUCAUCCGCAAAGACUGGAGAAAUACCACCUCUCCUGCUUAGAAACCAGCAAAGUUAGUAUUUUCACCGAAAGACCUUGAAUUCAAGACUCCUGGACAAUGACAGUUGCACUCCAUAGAAAGAAUGGGACUUUGUCAAAGCAACAACACACCUUCUGUCCUUUUUAAUGCAGUUAAAAACUCCAAAGCAGAAGCUCCCAACCCAUACAGAAAUACUUAUUUUAUAGGCCAAUAGCUAAAAAAUGUGAGGUUUUUUAAAAUUACCACUUUAAAUUUUUAGACUUUAAGGGCACUAACAACUUUGAUGGUUUUCCUAUUGCCUCAUUUGUAUUGCUGCAUAUGCGCAUAUGCCUUCAGAAUCGAUGCAGUAUUACAGUUAAAAUGUGGGGCUUUUUAUUAUUAUUAUACAGUACUGGAAAUGGAACCCAGGGCCUAGUCAUGUGAUGGGCAAACUCUCUGCUUACUGAAUUACCACACCUAGUCCAAAACAUGAGAGUCUUAACACUUAGGAGUAGAUGGUAGCAUUGUUAGAUAUUAAAGGUUCUCCCUACUGUGCCACAGAAGCUGCUAGUCAUUAUUGGCAAUCAGUUUAAGAUGUUCCUAUUAGCUUGAACCACUGGUGGUCCAUACAUGACUCUCUUCGGGCGCCUUGUACACUGGUGGUGGAAGUGGGACAGUCAUGCAAGUACCACCAGUGAUUUAAGCUACUCAGCAAGACACGAAUUACAACCCUGUUGUGAACAUUUUAAACCAAAAAUGUGGAUAACACUUGCCAUUCUUAAUCUAUAAGCACUACCUGCUAACAUUUUGGAACGUUUGUGGUCAUAAAGAGAAAAGUGUCAUUUGCUGAUUGUCUAUGUUGAAUGUGUUUACAUUAUAUCCCGUCACCUGUUAAUGGUGCCUCAUUUUCUGAUAAUUUUCCUCUUGUUAAAUAAAUGUAUUAAAAGGUACAGUGAGUCCCUGAUUUAGGAGCAUUAGAGUUGUGGACUUUUCACACAUUACUGUAUAAGAUUCACUUUGUCAGCUCACAAAUGAACCCACCUUAGGGACAGUUCUUCUGGAACAGAACUCAUUUGUAAGUCAGGGACUUACUGUAUGUCCACAAUGCCAACCCUCAGGGGAUCUGCUGGUGAAUCAGGUAGGAAGAUAAAAGGCGUCUGAUGGUGCUGUGGUUUCGAGCGUUGCGCCUUAGUACACUGUACUGCACAUGGGCCUUGCAUAGCACAACAGCAGGAGAACUGCAAACGUCUACAGAACUUCAUUUGAAAGUCUUAAUUUUAGAAAUGUGUAAUACUUGGCUUUUGUUUGUUUCAGUCUCAUAAGUGUCUGCGCUUGGCCAGCCUAGGGGGCCAGUGAGGAGUCAGGCUGACCAGGACACAGACCCAGCCCUGUUGAGGGAGGUGACAUAACUUCGUAACACUCCAGGGUAUGGGUAUUAGAGCUUAAGUUACACUCAUUGUGGGAUACUUCCCAUCUCCACAGAAGGGCCCUCCUAGUUUCACAAUAGUACUUCGCAGGAUUGUGCUCUUACCCGCUUUGAUCAGAUGUUUUUACUCUUGAGUUUGGCAGAUUAUGAAGAGCAGUGGUAAUUCACAUGUAAAUGCAAAAGAAUUGGACUUCAUAGCAGCAAAUGAUGCAUUUGUUUUUUAAAUCUUCAUAUUAAAUCUGGCUAUAGAUGUCCUAUUUUAACUUUAAUGAACCCAGAACACUUAAUAAUUUAAAGGGCAGGGAGUAAUUUUAGCAGAUUUCUGUUACAUAAG